AUGCUUGGCAAAAGAAAGGAAGGUACAGUCCUCAUCCGUGGAGAACCUAGUUAUUUCUCAGACAUAAAAAAUACAUCGGGGAUUUGUAAAAGAGGCAAGCAAGUUUCGAAUAUCAGCCCAGAAGAAAUAGAAUUAAAUAAAGUAGAGUUAAAUGCGAAGAAGAUAAAAGAUGUGGAUCAACUACUGAGAAAGCAUUUUGGAACCGACUGGCAAAAGAUUGCUGUAAAGGAAAAUAUCAUAUAUUACAAGGAAGUUGUCGCAAGAUUUGGGAAGGUGUUGGAAGAAGGUGAUAGCGAUAACGAAGAAAAUGAACGAGCGGAAGAGCUAAGUGACGUCCAGGAAGCUGAUACCGUUUGAUGUUAUUUUUAGAGUUAUAAUAAGUAAAAUAAAUGAAG